AUGGCAACCAGCUACGAGGUCAAGCCUACCUUCACAAUCCCGACGGUGGAUUUAACCAACUAUUUCAAGGAUCCCCAAUCGCCCGAGGCUGAACAAAUCGUGCUCCAGAUCAGCACAGCAUGUGCCACCAGUGGCUUUUUUCAAAUCACGGGUCACGGUGUGUCGGAAUCACUCCAGGCACGAGCAUUUGCGGCGGCAAAAACACUGUUCGCUCUUCCAGACGACAUUAAACGUACGUUGGCUGGGAAUCCUGGUCGUGGAUAUGAAGUGAUCGGGGCGCAAAUUUUGGAGGAGGGGAAAAAGCCCGACUUGAAAGAGGGAUAUUUUAUCAACCGUGAAAUCCCCAACAACAAACCCCCUUUCCGUCCGUUUCAAGAGCCCAACAUUUGGCCCGACUCAAACUUGAUUCCAGACAGCGAGUUCAAGGAUCCUUUGCUGGAGUAUCAUGACGCCCUAGCAAAACUUGCAGUCCACAUCAUGCGUAUCCUGGCUCGAGGCUUGUCGGGUGUUGACGCCAACAUGUUCAGCGAUUUUUACAAGGAUCCCAUCGCCGCCGUCAGACUGCUCCAUUACCCGCCACACCCGCCCUCGGCGGAUUCAAGUCUUGUCGGCGCCGGUGCUCAUACUGAUUUUGGCGCCCUCACGCUCCUGCUGCAGGACGGCCAUUCAGGACUCCAGGUGUUGAAAAAGACUCCGGAGCAAGACCAGUGGAUCGACGUACCACCGCAAAGCCACGCCUACGUCGUCAACAUCGGCGACUUUCUUCAGACCUGGACCGCCGGCACCUACAAAAGCAACGUCCACCGCGUCAUCAACACCAGCGGCACUGACCGAUACUCUAUCCCUUUUUUCUGGGACGGGAAUCCCGAUUUUGUCAUCAGACCUCUCGACGGUUCACUGGGUAAAGGUUUCACGGUGGAGGAACAUUUGCUGUCGAGAUAUGCAAGUUCUUUUGGCUGA